AUGACAACGGCGACUUUGGCUCCUGUGCCUGCCCCGUCGACCAUCGUCAGCUGCACCACCGCUGUCCCGAAUGCAAUUCAGAACCCAUCGUUUGAGAACGGUUUCACCAACUGGGGCUACGCUAGUGGCACCUCAGGGUCAGUGGUUAGCGGUGAUGCUGCCGAUGGCGACUAUUAUCUCGAGGCCAGCGGUAAUCAGGCGCGCUCCAGCAUCCUAUUCUACCAGUUUUCCCAGAAUCUGGUGGGAGGCAAGACAUACACCGCAUCACUGGACUGGGCUAUCUCCCCCUCGACAACGGGCCAGUUGACAUGCCGCCUAUACUGGUACAUGGACAGAUUUGGCAGCUCGAUUGGCUCGACGUCGGUCACGGUCCCUACUGCAGGCAUGGGCUGGACCCCUUUCUCGGCCACAUACACCCCCACGACCGAUGGCUCGCAUCUCGUUGAGAUCUAUGCUUACUGCCAGUCCAGCAACUCCGACUGGAGGGGCGCAGCAAUCAAGAUCGACAAUCUCAAGCUGAGCGAUGGCGUGGCUGUUACCUCUUGCGUCACUAGCACGGUGACCCCGACGGCGACUCCUGUGCUGCCGACUUCUUCGGUGGUUGUGACCUCGUCGUCCAGCGUGAUCGUACCGACCAGCCUUGUGAGCUCAUCGCCUGUGGCAUCGAUUAUUCCAUCGUCCUCGGUCGUUUCCUUGUCAAUUGUUCCUUCCAACGUUCCCUCCAGCUUCCCUUCCAGCAUUCCCUCUAGCAUUCCCUCCAGUGGUCCCUCCAGUGUUCCCUCCAACAUUCGUUCGUCAUCUGUUGUGUCUUUCUCUCCCUCUGCCUCGGCGAUCCCUUCCAGCUCCUCGGUAAUUGUGUCCCAGCCAGGGCGGCCUUUGAGCAGCUCUGCCUUGGUUCAGCCAAGCCCUAGCUCCUCGCCCGUCGUUUCUCCCUCGGCCACCAGCUCCCGGCCACUUAUUCGCACGACCUCAACAGCCAAUGCAGGCACAGUAAGCCGUCAAACCGGCUCAUCCCCUUCGAAUCAAGACUUCACAACCUCAACCGUCUUCACCACUCGCACGGCGACCAUCACCGCCUGCCCCUCCAGCGUAACCGACUGCCCGGUCAGAUCGCGAACCACUUACCUAACCACCGAGACCGUCCUGGUGUCCACCACAAUCUGCCCCAUCACAGAAGCCGGCGGCAGCACCACCACCACCACCACCGCAGGCUCCUCGAAUGGGUCUCCGGCUGGCGCCUCGGCUGAGUCUGGCUCUGGCUCUGCCUCUGCCUCUGGCCCGAGCAGUGGAGGAGCAUCUGGGCACUCUUCUGGAUUGGUGACUGGGCAUUCCGGAUCGGGUAGCUCUGGGGCUUCUGGUCAGUCGCCUGUCGGCAUGCCAGUGCCUUCAUCCUCGACCACUGGAUCGACGUCUCAGAGCACGACGACCAGUGCAACGGGGGCUCUGUUCACGGGCGCGGCUUCGGUGCAGCGGGUGACUGUUUUCCAGGGGUUGGUUUCUUUGGGUGCUGUUCUCAUGGCGAUGGUGUUGUAG